AAAAAUAGGAACCGCAGUAUUUAGGAACUUAUACACAAAAAAGAGCUUUAUAUUCUAUACUAGAACAUCAGUAAUUGGGUUACUUUUAACUGCUUUGGUAACUUUACAUGGAGGAGGGACUGUACUAGGUCAACCUCAAAUAGGUGAAGGAAUAUCUAUUUAUAAUGGUUUAUUUCAAAUAACUCAAAUAUCUAUAUUUAUAGAAAUAUUUAUAUUAGUGAUAGGAGCUUUAAUCUUAGUAUCUUGACCUGCUC